AUGGUCGACGAUAAGACCAGUGUGGCCUUUGUGGAAGACCUCGGCGAGGAGGCCGGCAAGCCCCCAGGCAAGGAGCCUCGCAUCAUUGGAACCCUCAAGCUUGUUGAAGGCGACGACAUCAUCCUGGUUCCUGCGCCGACGCGCGAUCCCCAAGGUCUGCUGCCCUCCCCAAGCGGUGUACACGUCCUGCUGCUGACACGAUGCUGCGGGAUUGGGGUUCUCGUGCCUCAGCUGCAAGAGUACUACCACGGCGACUCGCGCGUCAAUGAUCUCGUCACGUACCCUGCCCUCUUCAUGGGCAUCGGGAACCUGGUCGCCGUCCCAUUCGCCGAUGCCAUUGGUCGGCGCCCAGUGUACCUGUUGUCCAACGUUGUGCUAAUCGUCGGUGGCAUCUGGUGCAGCUAUUCCGCCAGCCUAGGAUCGCACAUUGGUGGGCGCGACUUCAUGGCCCUUGCUGCGGGGCAGAGCGAGGCCUUGUGUGUCAUGAUUGCAGAGGAAACCUUCUUUUUGCACCAGCGUGGCAGCCGUAUUGCGUGGUUCUGCUCGUUGCAGACUCUGGGAACCGCCCUAUUCAUCAUCGCCAGCUCCUACCUAACCGAGUCUCUGGGCUGGCGGUGGUGGUACGGCAUCUUUACCAUCAUCAGUGCCGCCACGUUUGUCCUAAGUAUUCUCUUUGUGGUGGAAACAAAGUACGAUCGUCCCCUGCAAAGCUACUUCGGAUUCGAUCCCCAGGGAAACACCGUCAGGAAAAGCGAGUUCCGCACCCGACGCCUCGACUACGACACGUAUGCCGAUCGCUCCUUCUGGCGUGACCUACACCCCUGGGGCCAUGUCACGGCCAAGUGGCGUCAGGUCCCCAAGUUCUGGUUCUCCCUGGCGCAGCUGUCCAUCUUUCCUGGUGUCCUCUACUUUAUCAUUCUCAGUGGAGUGCUGCUGGGCACGUAUAUCGUCAUGACCGCUGUCUUUGCACGGGUCCUCAUCGCCCCUCCAUACAGCUUCGACCCGCAUAAUCUCGGCUUUGUCAUGGGUGGGCAGGCGGUCGUGGCCUUUGUGGUGCAGCCCUUAGCCGGCUAUCUGAGCGACUUCAUCCUCACGUUCUGGGCGAAGCGAAAUAACGGUGUCACAGAGCCGGAAAGCCGUCUCAUCCCUGCGAUUAUCCCACUCGCCGUCGGGAUCAUCUCCUGCGUACUGUAUGGCCGAGCGUGCCAGUUCCCGGAGGACUGGGCAUGGCCCGCCGUCGUUGUCCCCUUGAACGCUCUCUUCUACAGCUUUAUAAGCAUUGUCGUGCUAAGCUUCGUCUACACCAUGGACUGCUACCCGCAGCGUGGACACGUGGCCAUGGUUGCUCUCUGCGCUGGCCGCGGAUUCAUCAGCUUCGGAAUCUCGUUUGGUACCACAGCUUUCGUCCAUGAGCUAGGCUACGAUGGCGCAUUGAACGUGUGUGCUAUCGUUAUCGGUGCUCUCUUCGGGCUUGGAAUUGUGCUGUACUUUACAGGCAAGUAUAUCCGCCGCUUCACGCAGAAGUGGGCCACAGAGGCAGCCUGA